AUGUCCAUGGCCAUGGCUUACCAACAGAAGCUAGCUGAGAAGCUCACCAUCCUCAACGACAGAGGGAGAGGGGUGCUGCUACGUAUGAACUACAUCAAGAAGGUGAGCGAGACGAGUCGGUCCGUUGAGGAGAACGGCGACGCUUGACAAAUAAGAAAAAAAGAAAAAAAAUGGAACUUGAAGGAAAAAGUCGCAGGUUUCUUCUCCCUGAUACGUUCAAAGCUUUUUUGCCCCGUUUAUAGUGGAGAACGGUGUGGAUGGAAACACUGGGAUGGGAAAUGAUCAAUGAUUAACAUUUUUGAAUUUAAAGAUCUCUCAAUAUAGUUAGCUUGGUGGCUGCUGCUGUAAGAAUAUAUAUUUUCUGAGUGUCAGCUUGCCCUGAAGAGGAAGUUCACACAGGAAACCAGACUGAUCUGCAUUCAGUCAGACUUGUGCUGCUGCACACUCAGAAAGCCUCACCACAGAUCUGCUAUCUACCGUGUCAAAAUAUUGGUCUCACUUUCAACGAAAUACAGCCUAACUUUUCAGGCUCCAUAAAUACUUUAUUAGUAGGUCUAUCAUACAUGUCAGGAGCCAAAUAACCAAAUUAGAUAAUACUAAAUUAAUUUGUUCAUUUCCUGAAUUGAGUGAAUCAAAAUGUCAUUGACCCCAACCCCAACCCGGGUUCUUUUGCAGACAUGCUCGGAUCCCAAGCUUCGGCCACAAUACCUGACGGACAAGACCAUGGAAGCGUCUGUCAAAUACAUCAACAAGAAGUUCCCCAACAUAGACUUCAGGGGAAACAGUGUAAGUAGCUACUCUCAAUCCACCCCUUAAUCUUAGAAAAUAAAAACGUGUAAUGAUAAUCUGUAAAAGGUGUAGUGAUAAUCAGUCAAACGUUUAGUGAUAAUCAGUCAAAUGUAUCUAAUGUGAUGUGAUGUCUUUAAUGAAAGCAGCAGCAUCUGACAGGCAUCCAGAGACAGAAGACUGAGGUGAUGACCACUAUGUCUAGUUACUAUGACUCAUUCAUAGACGUCAUGGAGUUCAGGGUGAGUCUGUCUAUACCACUGUUUCCCAAACUCUCCUCCAGGACCCCCCCUCAGCCAGGUCCACUUAUUUUUAUGUAUUGCUGCUAAUCAACUAAUCUAAUCUAAUCUAAUCUAAUCUAAUUUUAUUUGCCACAUGUGCCGAAUACAACAGGUGUAGACAUUACAGUGAAAUGCUUACUUACAGGCCCUUAACCAACAGUGCAGUUUAAGAAAAAAAUAAAAAAUAGCAAAAAGUUAAAGAGCAGCAGUAAAAUGAAAUAACAUUAGGGAGGUUAUAUACAGGGGGUACCGUUACAGAGUCAAUGUGCGGGGGCACCGGUUAGUCGAGGUAAUUGAGGUAAUAUGUACAUGUGGGUAGAGUUAAAGUGACUAUGCAUAAAUAAUAAACAGAGUAGCAGCAGCAUAAAAGAGGGGGAUUGAGUGGGUUGGGGGGGCAAUGCAAAUAGUCUGGGUAGCCAUGAUUAGCUGUUCAGGAGUCUUAUGGCUUGGGGGUAGAAGCCUUUUGGACCUAGACUUGGCGCUCCGGUACCACUUGCCGUGCGGUAGCAGAGAGAACAGUCCAUGAUUAGGGUGGCUGGAGUCUUUGAUAAUUUUUAGAACCUUCCUCUGACACCGCCUGGUAUAGAGGUCCUGGAUGGCAGGAAGCUUGGCCCCAGUGACGUACUGGGCCGUACGCACUACCCUCUGUAGCGCCUUGCGGUCGGAGGCAAAGCAGUUGCCAUACCAGGCGGUGAUGCAACCAGUCAGGAUAAUCUUGAUGGUGUAGCUUUUUGAGGAUCUGAGGACCCAUGCCAAAUCUUUUCAGUCUCAUUUUUACAUUUACAUUUGAGUCAUUUAGCAGAAGCUCUUAUCCAGAGCGACUUACAGUUAGUGAGUGCAUACAUUUUCAUACAGGCCCCCCCGUGGGAAUCAAACUCACAACCCUGGCGUUGCAAGCUCCAUGCUCUACCAACUGAGCUACACGGGGCCCUGAGGGGGAAGAGGCUUUGUUGUGCCCUCUUCACGACCAUGACAGUUUGUUGUUGAUGUGGACGUCAUCAAGUCCUUCAUUAGUUGAAUCAGGUGUUCUAAUUGUGGAAUACAUGGAAUGUGUGGAACUGGCUAGGGAUACACAAAGAAAAGUUUGGGAAGUACUGUUCCAUACAGGUAUUACCGCAUUGGUAUUCAAAAGCACAAAACGACAAUUAUCCAAACAGAAUUAACAUAUAAAGUGACUUUUUGCUCCCGCGACUGAAAUAAUAUACAUUUCAAGGGGAGUCAAAUUCGAGUUCUGUUAUUGUACAGAUGAAAGUGUGUGCUGUGCCUCGGGGGGCGUAUUCAUUAUGUGUGAUGAAGGUCACAGUAGCAGACUGUAGGUGGGUCAUGCAAUAAUAAAGAGAUUAUUAUGAUGAUAAUACAAUCAAAUAAUACACAUCAAUCUAUCACCCAAUUUCAGAAUAGAAAAUGGAAAACAUAUUAUGAAAAACAAAAUAAUACACGCAAAUGUUUUGCUCAAUUUCUUUGGAUAGGCUGUGGCAUUUCUAAAAAGGACUGUAUUAUUCAUAAUGAUCCCACGAGGAUAGCUGUGAGUUGCAGGUGUUUAAUCCUUCUUGACGUCUGUACUGUUACAGAGCAACAUGAACGCAUCAACCCACUGCAUUAUUUGACGUCUGUACUGUUACAGAGCAACAUGAACGCAUCAACCCACUGCAUUAUUUGACGUCUGUACUGUUACAGAGCAACAUGAACGCAUCAACCCACUGCAUUAUUUGACGUCUGUACUGUUACAGAGCAACAUGAACGCAUCAACCCACUGCAUUAUUUUUUACAUCUUAUCUGGCUGUGCCGAGUCUGUGUUCUGACCACAGAUUAACUAUUUUUUCAGGAUCAUGUUUAUGAACUGCUGAAUACAAUUGACGCCUGCCAGUGUUUCUUCAAUAUUGUGAGUACAACAUCCCACAAUAGUGGAUAGGAUAGGGGAUCUACUUUGCCCCCUUAGGGCCACCGUAGGUAUCACAACACACAGUUAAUUUAUAAGUUAUCAUGUUAACCUGCUUUUUUAACCGGCAUCAUCCAUUCAUUCAUUUAUUCAUUCAUCAGGCGGUGAACUUUGACUUCACCAAGAACUACCUGGAGCUGAUCAUCACCUAUACGUCUGUAAUCUUCAUGCUUUCACGCAUCGAGGACAAGAAGGUCCUGGUGGCCAUGUACAACUGUGCUCACGAGAUGUCCAACGGUAGCAGGUGGGACCCAGUUACGUCUAUCAUCUAUUCAAAUACAGUCGAUUCAGGAAGUGAUUCGGAAUUCAAUUUGAAAUGGAAACAAUCCUCAUUGAAAAAUGAAUGAGCUCAUAUUCAAUACAUCUUUCGUUGACAUUUCUGAACAGACAAUGAAUGGAUUUCUUUUCAUAUGCAAAUACAUAACCAGAUCAAAUACUCACACUGCAAGGUCAUUUUCACUAUUAAUUCCAUUUUUGACAGAAAUAAUCUGAGAUAGGCUUUUCCCACUCAUUCAAUGGAAGAUGGCGUUUAAAUGUUAGUUCAUGACAGAAAACCUGAUGUUUUCAUCAUUCAGUAAAGGAUGGUAUUAGCUGCAUGUGAGAGUGUGAUUUGAAGGAGUCAGGCGCAGGAGGGUAAAUCACAGAAUACAGAGUUUAUUCCGUAGUACACAGUUACGCUGGAUAGCGUCAACAGCACAGGGCGUAAUACAGGUGCACUGGAACACAAUACAGGCACACGGGGAGAAAUAACCCCGGGCAAUACAAAGUACGGGUGGCUCAACCGAGCUACACUCAUCUUCACAUAAAACAAUCACCCACAAGGACAAGGGGGCCAGAGGGAACACUUAUACACGGACUAAUGAGGGGAUAAGAACCAGGUGUGUGUAAUUGACAAGACAAGACAAAUGGAAUGAUGAGAUAUGGAGCGGCAGUGGUUAGUAAGCCGGUGACGAUGAACGCCGAAACCUGCCCGAGCAAGGAGGAGGGGCAGCCUCGGCGGAAGUCGUGACAUUGCAGUACAGCUAGGCAACACCCAGUCACAACUACUUAAAUCCUCUUAGCUAUUAAUAUAGCCAAGCGUCUCAAAGAUGAUUACCCAUAAUUGUCCCUAACUAAUAGCUGUUUAAUUGGCAAUAACAACACAUCCUUCCCUUCAUGUCCAACAUUUCCCAGAGUGCAUAACAGUACAAUUACAUUUUCAGUCCAUUUCACACCAUAUUUAUUUACGUAGCCAAAAUGGCAGGAGGACGUUUAUCUUGAUCAAAGACGCUAAGGAGGAGGAAAUACUGUACAGACGGGGAAACAAAGAAAUGUAAUGUCGCAGUCAUCUUCCACCAGUCACUUCAUAAUAAUCCUCAGUGGUUGGAGACGGAGAGCCACUGGAGUUUAGAAGGAGAGGUGUACUUUAACACUAUAGCAGAGGGCCUCUCAUACAGCUCCUAUUCAAAAACAGGGAACAUUUAUGACACUUGAAAGGAUGGUGAAUCUGAUUUCCUUUUGUGUGGCUGAGAAAGAAGAUAGUCAGUCAUGGAGUGGCACCACAUGAUAAAGAGGAUAGUCAGUUAUGGAGUGGCACCACAUGAGAAAGAAGAUAGUCAGUUAUGGAGUGGCACCACAUGAGAAAGAAGAUAGUCAGUUAUGGAGUGGCACCACAUGAGAAAGAAGAUACUCAGUUAUGGAGUGGCACCACAUGAGAAAGAAGAUACUCAGUUAUGGAGUGGCACCACAUGAGAAAGAGGAUAGUCAGUUAUGGAGUGGCACCACAUGAGAAAGAAGAUAGUCAGUUAUGGAGUGGCACCACAUGAGAAAGAAGAUAGUCAGUUAUGGAGUGGCACCACAUGAGAAAGAAGAUAGUCAGUUAUGGAGUGGCACCACAUUUUAUUGCUGUUGGUAAGAGUUAGUACUGUACAUGGCAGUGUAUGUGUAUACAUUAAUCAUGUAUGAUUAAUUGAUUGUUUGAUUGAUUGAUUGUUUGAUUGAUCCUCCAGUGACCCUGCGUAUCCCCGUCUGUCUCAGAUGUUUAUGGAGUAUGAACAGCCCAUUAAGAAACUCACUGAGGAGUUCGGCCCUCACACUAAGGUAAUGUCAACUAAAUAUUCACUUGGGUAAUGUCCGCUGCAUAUUCAAUAGGGUAAUGUCAACUUAAUAUUCACUAAGGUAAUAUUAACUUCAUAUUCACUAGGGUAAUGUCCGCUGCAUGUUCACUAGGGUGAUGUCAACUUCAUAUUCACUAGGGUGAUGUCAACUUCAUAUUCACUAGGGUAAUGUCCGCUGCAUGUUCACUAGGGUAAUGUCAACUUCAUAUUCACUAGGGUAAUGUCCGCUGCAUGUUCACUAGGGUAAUGUCAACUUCAUAUUCACUAGGGUAAUGUCCGCUGCAUGUUCACUAGGGUGAUGUCAACUUCAUAUUCACUAAGGUAAUGUCCGCUGCAUGUUCACUAGGGUGAUGUCAACUUCAUAUUCACUAGGGUAAUGUCCGCUGCAUGUUCACUAGGGUGAUGUCAACUUCAUAUUCACUAGGGUAAUGUCCGCUGCAUGUUCACUAGGGUGAUGUCAACUUCAUAUUCACUAGGGUAAUGUCCGCUGCAUGUUCACUAGGGUGAUGUCAACUUCAUAUUCACUAGGGUAAUGUCAACUUCAUGUUCACUAGGGUGAUGUCAACUGCAUGUUCACUAAGGUAAUGUCCGCUGCAUGUUCACUAGGGUGAUGUCAACUUCAUAUUCACUAGGGUAAUGUCAACUUCAUGUUCACUAGGGUGAUGUCAACUGCAUGUUCACUAAGGUAAUGUUUGCUCUAGCCUGCCUGGAGCGCCAGAUAGUUUUUUUUUAGUUUUGUGAUGUUUCCAUUGUUCCAUUAAGCCAGGCAAGCACAGAAAACGUUUUUUAAUUGAACCGAAGUCUGAUCUGAAGUCAAGGGGUCCCAAGCCAGAGGUCGGGGUUGACCAGUGAACUCUAUAACAGGACAGUUCCCCUGUUGUUGUACCUUCUACAUAUAUCAGACCAGAGCUUCACUAUCCUUUUACAAAUAUUAUUAUUACCAGAAAGGUUGACUGAGAACACGUUCUCAGCAACAACCUGGUGAAUAGUUAAAGGAGAUGAAUGAGCCAAUUGGAAGCUGGGUAUGAUUAGGUGGACAUGAUGGCGUGAGGGCCAGAUUGUGAAUUUAGCCAGGACACCAGAGUUAUCACCCCUACAAUAAGCGCCAUGGGAUCUUUAGUGACCACAGAGAGUCAGGACACGCGUUCAAUUUGCCUCCGAAAAACAGCACCCUUCACAGGGAAAUUUCCCCAAUCACAGAGGAAAGAGUGCCUCCUACUGGUCUCCCAUCCAGGACCAACCCUGCUUAGCCUCAGAUGGAAGCCAGCAGUGGGAUGCAGGGUGGUAUGCUGCUGGCUAGCUUCACUAUCCUUCUACAGAUAUCAGACCAGAGCUACACUAUCCUUCUACAGAUAUCAGACCUGAGCUUCACUAUCCUUCUACAGAUAUCAGACCAGAGCUUCACUAUCCUUAUACAGAUAUCAGACCAGAGCUUCACUAUCAUUCUACAGAUAUCAGACCAGAGCUUCACUAUCCUUCUACAGAUAUCAGACCAGAGCUUCACUAUCCUUCUACAGAGAUCAGACCAGAGCUUCACUAUCCUUCUACAGAUAUCAGACCAGAGCUUCACUAUCCUUCUACAGAGAUCAGACCAGAGCUUCACUAUCCUUCUACAGAUAUCAGACCAGAGCUUCACUAUCCUUCUACAGAUAUCAGACCAGAGCUUCACUAUCCUUCUACAGAUAUCAGACCUGAGCUUCACUAUCCAUCUACAGAUAUCAGACCAGAGCUUCACUAUCCUUCUACAGAUAUCAGACCAGAGCUUCACUAUCCAUCUACAGAUAUCAGACCAGAGCUUCACUAUCCUUCUACAGAUAUCAGACCAGAGCUUCACUAUCCUUCUACAGAUAUCAGACCAGAGCUUCACUAUCCUUCUACAGAUAUCAGACCAGAGCUUCACUAUCCAUCUACAGAUAUCAGACCAGAGCUUCACUAUCCUUAUACAGAUAUCAGACCUGAGCUUCACUAUCCUUCUACAGAUAUCAGACCAGAGCUUCACUAUCCUUAUACAGAUAUCAGACCUGAGCUUCACUGUCCUUCUACAGAUAUCAGACCUGAGCUACACUAUCCUUCUACAGCAGUGGUCACCAACCUUUUCUGAGUCAAGAUCGCUUUCGCAGUCAAAAAGCAAGCCGAGAUCUACCACUCAGAUUAUUUUUUAAACAUGACUUAAAAAGGUAACAUUAACCUAAUAAAAACAGUUGUGUAGGAAUGAGGUUUGUGCAGUAGGCCUAAUACAUUAUGAGAGCGUAUUGGCUAUAUGCCUGUUCUGCCAAUAUUGUUCUUCUCAGACCAUAUUAUAUUUCAAAACUCGAGCUUUGAUAACAAAAUUGAUCAGUUGUUGUAACACUUGCGAGGCACAGCUGAGCAUAAAUUGAAAUAAUUUGCAAACCAUUUGCUUUUUUAUUUUACUGGACUGAUGGUACCUGCAUCUGAUGGUCAUGGUGCUUUGAAGUCAACUGGGUCCUCGGAGGUCAAAUUAUGACAUCAGUGAUCAGACUGGCCAACAGGGCUUCUGAAUCAAGUGCACCUACCACCAACAGGGCUUCUGAAUCAAAUGCACCUACCACCAACAGGGCAACAUGAAUAAAAAGGAGCGCAAGCGUUUAUCACAGCCUUUAUCACAGUCUUUAUCACAGCCUUUAUCACAGCCUUUAUAACAGCCUUUAUCACAGUCUUUAUCACAGCCUUUAUCACAGACUUUAUCACAGCCUUUAUCACAGCUUUUAACAUAACGUUUAUCACAGCCUUUAUCACAGCCUUUAUCACAGUCUUUAUCACAGCCUUUAUCACAGCCUUUAUCACAGUCUUUAUCACAGCCUUUAUCACAUCCUUUAUUAGAGUCUUUAUCACAGCCGUUAUCACAGCCUUUAUCACAGCCGUUAUCACAGCCUUUAUCACAGCCAUUAUCAUUGGCUUUUCUACAGAAAUGUUUGGUGAUCGACUAGGAAUGACUUGAAGAUCAACCAGUUGAUCACAACCACUGCACUAGGGUAUAUUCACUAUUGUAUAUUCAGUAGGGUAAUGUCAACUAUAUAUUCACUAGAGUAUAUUCACUAUUGUAUAUUCACUAUGGUAAUGUCAACUGUUUAUUGAAAAUAGCUAUAUUACAGGGUCAUUAUUCCUGAAAACCAAUGGUGGUCAUGACUGCUAUUCUGCCUUGUAACACUAUUAUGGAAAUGGUACUCUCCCUAUCUCUCCCUCUCUCUCGCUCCCACCCUCUCCCUCCAAACAUAUCCCUCCUUCCCCACCACUCUCCCCACUCUCCCCCCUCUCUUCCAAGGCUGUGACGGAGGCCCUCCUGUCCCUACAGAUGUUGUACCCUAGGAGGAACCUUCCUGCAGAACAAUGGCGCAGCGCUCAGCUUCUCAGUCUCCUCAGCACACCUGCUGCCAUGCUGGACCCUGCCUGCUGCGACAGGUGAAACCCAGGGAGGAGAAGAGAGAAGGAGAAGAGAUGAGACAGGAGAGAAGAAGAAGUGAAGAGCAGAGAGGAGAAGAGAAGCGAAGAGAAGAGAAGAGGGAGAGGAGGGAGGGAUGAGGAGGCGGAGGGAGCGCGAGCAGAGGCGGGAGUGAGGAGAGGAGUAGGGAGGAGAGGAAGAGAGGCAGGGAAGAGUGAGGCGGAGGAGACGAGAGAGCGGAGAGGUAGAGGAGAUGGCUGUACGUGAGCUGAGAGGAAUUGGAGGGAGAGGCUUAUUGAUGGUAUUCUUGAUUUCUUUCGCUAUUUAGUACUAUUAGUCUCUAUUCUUUAUUAUCCUGAAAGUCAUUUCUACUCUCCAUCCUCUCCAUAUUCUUUCUAUUUUUUGUUUGUUUAUUUCUCUUAUCUUCUUCCCUUUUUCUAUUUAUUUUCCUUUUCUGUCCUCUCGUCCUCUCUUCCCCGCCCUAGAAUGUCCUGUCUGCUGAUAUGAAAGGCAGCCACUGGCUUCUUUGAAGUAUCAAAUCAAAUCAAAUCAAUUGUUAUUUUCCACAUGCGCCAGUGUAGACCUUACAGUGAAAUGCUUACUUACAUGCCCUUAAACAACAAUGCAGUAUUAAGAAAAUAAAAAAUAAAGUGUUAAGUAAAAAAUAGAUAAGUCAAAAAUAAAAAUAGCAAAUAAUUAAAGAUUAACAAAGAAAUAACAGUAGGUUGGCUAUAUUCAGGGUGUACCGGUACAGAGUCAAUGUGUGGGGGCACCAGUUAGUCAAGGUAAUUGAGGUAAUAUGUACAUGUGGGUAGAGUUGAAGUGACUAUGCAUAGAUAAUAAACAGAGUAGCAGCAGCGUAAAAGAGGGGGUGGGGGUGGGCAAUGGGCAAUACAAAUAGUCCGGAUAGCCAUGAUUAGCUUUUCAGGAGUCUUAUGGGUUGGGGAUAGAAGCUGUUAAGAAGCCUUUUGGACAUAGACUUAGCGCUCCGGUACCGCUUGCCGUGCGGUAGCAGAGAGAGCAGUCUACGAAUAGGAUGGCUGGAGUCUGACAAUUUUUAGGGCCUUCCUCUGACACCGUCUGGUAUAGAGGUCCUGGAUGGCAGGAAGCUUGGCCCCAGUGAUGUACUGGGACGUACGCACUACCCUCUGUAGUGCCUUGCGGUUGGAGGCAGAGCAGUUGCCAUACCAGGCGGAGAUGCAACCAAUCAGGAUGCUCUCAAUGGUGCAGCUGUAGAACUUUUUGAGGAUCUGAGGGCCCAUGCAAAAUCUUUUCAGUCUCCUGAGGGGGAAUAGGCUUUGUUGUGCCCUCUUCACGACUGUCUUGGUGUGUUUGGACAAUGAUAGUUUGUUGGUGUUGUGGACACCAAGGAACUUGAAGCAUUCAACCUGUUCCACUACAGCCCCGUCGAUGAGAAUGGGGGCGUACUCAGUCCUCAUGUUUUUCCUGUAGUCCACAAUCAUCUCCUUUGUCUUGAUCACGUUGAGGGAGAGGUUGUUAUCCUGGCACCACACGGCCAGGUCUCUGACCUCCUCCCUAUAGGCUGUCUCAUCGUUGUCGGUGAUCAGGUCUACCAGUGUUGUGUCGUCUGCAAACUUAAUGAUGGUGUUGGAGUCGUGCCUGGCCAUGCAGUCAUGGGUGAACAGGGAGGACAGGAGGGGACUGAGCACGCACCUCUGAGGGGCCCCCGUGUUGAGGAUCAGUGUGGCAGAUGUGUUGUUACCUACCCUUACCACCUGGGGGCGGCCCGUCAGGAAGAACAGGAUCCAGUUGCAGAGGGAGGUGUUUAGUCCCAGGAUCAUUAGCUUAGUGAUGAGCUUUGGGGGCACUAUGGUGUUGAACGCUGAGCUGUAGUCAAUGAAUAGCAUUCUCACGUAGGUGUUCCUCUUGUCCAGGUGGGAAAGGACAGUGUGGAGUGCAAUAGAGAUUGCAUCAUCUGUGGAUCUGUUGGGGCGGUAUGCAUAUUGGAGUGGAUCUAGGGUUUCUUGACGUGAGUCAUGACCAGCCUUUCAAAGCACUUCAUGGCUACAGAUGUGAGUGCUACGGGUCUGUAGUCAUUUAGGCAGGUUGUCUUAGUGUUCUUGGGCACAGGGACUAUGGUGGUCUGCUUGAAACAUGUUGGUAUUACAGACUCAGUCAGGGACAUGUAGAAAAUGUCAGUGAAGACACUUGCCAGUUGGUCAGCGUAUGAUCGGAGUACACGUCCUGGUAAUCCGUUUGGCCCUGCGGCCUUCUGAAUGUUGACCUGCUUAAAAGUUAUCGGCUACGGAGAACAUGAUCACAUAGUCAUCCGGAACAGCUGAUGUUAUAAUAAUAAUAAUAUAAUAUGCCAUUUAGCAGACGCUUUUAUCCAAAGCGACUUACAGUCAUGCAUGCAUACAUUUUUGUGUAUGGGUGGUCCCGGGGAUCGAACCCACUACCUUGGCGUUACAAGCGCCGUGCUCUACCAGUUGAGCUACAGAGGACCAUGUCCUCAUGCAUGCUUCAUUGUUGCUUGACUCGAAGUGAGCAUAGAAGUGAUUUAGCUCGUCUGGUAGGCUUGUGUCACUGGGCAGCUCGCGGGUGUGCUUCCCUUUGUAGUCUGUAAUAGUUUUCAAGCCCUGCCACAUCCGACGAGCGUCGGAGCCGGCGUAGUACGAUUUAAUCUUAUACCUGUAUUGACUCUUUGCCUGUUUGAUGGUUCGUCUGAGGGCAUAGCGAGAUUUCUUAUAAGCAUCCGGGUUAGAGUACCGCUCCUUGAAAGCGGCAGCUUGGCUUCUGGUUGGGGUAUGUACGUACAGUCACUGUCGGGACGACGUCAUCGAUGCACUUAUUGAUGAAGCCAGUGACUGAUGUGGUGUUCUCCUCAAUGCUAUCGGGAAGAAUCCCAGAACAUAUUCCAGUCUGUGCUAGCAAAACAGUCCUGUAGCUUAGCAUCUGCGUCAUCUGACCACUUCCUUAUUAACCGAGUCACCACUUCCUUAUUAACCGAGUCACCACUUCCUUAUUAACCAUAGUGUUCUGCGUUGGUCUCUGUGCCCAGUGGUUCUCUUCAUGUGGGAUUCAAAGCUUCAGCCAAGAAACAGAGACCACUAUGCAUUGUACACCUAAUACCAUGGCACAUACUAUAUUUUGUAUUGAGUAUUGUGUCUGUUUACAAAUCCCUUUAGAAGAAGUUAGCGUGUGCAUCUGCAACAGCAAAACAUGCCUUUUAGAUAGUCAGCAUUUGUCUGUGUUAUCAUGAAGUACAAUAAUUGCAUGACAUCUGUAAAUAAUCACACUGUUCUAAAGAGUUGACUAUUGAUUACUUAUUAUUAACUAAUUAAAUGACUGACUUGUGUUUCCAACAGAUGACCUGUGAGUACUUGUCCUUAGAGGUGAUGGAGCGCUGGAUCCUUCGUGAGUGCUAGCUAUUAUCUUCAGACUCAGUGUAUUGCUGCUUUCUGAAAAAAAGGCUUCAGUGGUUGCACACUGUAUUCACAUAUUCACGUUGAUCUCUCCUCUCCUCCAGUGGGUUACCUGCUGUGUCACAGCAGUCUGAACACCAACCAGUCAUCUCAGGAGCUGUGGAAGAUGGCCCUCCGCAGCGGCCUUUAUCUCACUAUCGUCAGGGAUGAGACAAUCAACAUCCACAAGGUCACAGAGGAAUGCUUCGAAGGCCUGAAAGGGUAUGACAUUAUAAUGACAUUUGGGAGUCAAGCUGAUUCUACAUUUGUUCUGGGCCCUGGUUUCCAAUGUUCUGGGCCCUGGUUCCCAAUGUUCUGGGCCCUGGUUUCCAAUGUUCUGGGCCCUGGUUCCCAAUGUUCUGGGCCCUGGUUCCCAAUCUUCUGGGCCCUGGUUCCCAAUGUUCUGGGCCCUGCUUCCCAAUGUUCUGGGCCCUGGUUCCCAUUGUUCUGAGCCCUGCUUCCCAAUGUUCUGGGCCCUGGUUCCCAAUGUUCUAUGCCCUGGUUUCCAAUGUUCUGGGCCCUGGUUCCCAUUGUUCUGAGCCCUGGUUCCCAUUGCUCUGAGCCCUGGUUCCCAAUGUUCUGAGCCCUGGUUCCCAAUGUUCUAGGCCCUGGUUCCCAAUGUUCUAGGCUGAGGUUCUCAAUGUUCUGGACCCUGGUUUCCAAUGUUCUGGGCCCUGGUUCCCAAUGUUCUGGGCCCUGGUUCCCAAUGUUCUGGGCCCUGGUUCCCAAUGUUCUGGGCCCUGGUUCCCAAUCUUCUGGGCCCUGGUUCCCAAUGUUCUGGGCCAUGCUUCCCAAUGUUCUGGGCCCUGGUUCCCAUUAUUCUAUGCUCUGGUUUCCAAUGUUCUGGGCCCUGGUUCCCAUUGUUCUGAGCCCUGGUUCCCAUUGCUCUGAGCCCUGGUUCCCAAUGUUCUGAGCCCUGGUUCCCAAUGUUCUAGGCCCUGGUUCCCAAUGUUCUAGGCCCUGGUUCCCAAUGUUCUGGACCCUGGUUUUCCAAUGUUCUGUUCCCGGGUUCCCAAUGUUCUGGGCCCUGGUUCCCAAUGUUCUGGGCCCUGGUUCCCAAUCUUCUGGGCCCUGGUUCCCAAUGUUCUGGGCCCUGGUUCCCAUUGUUCUGAGCCCUGGUUCCCAUUGCUCUGAGCCCUGGUUCCCAAUGUUCUGAGCCCUGGUUCCCAAUGUUCUAGGCCCUGGUUCCCAAUGUUCUAGGCCCUGGUUCCCAAUGUUCUGGACCCUGGUUUUCCAAUGUUCUGUUCCCGGGUUCCCAAUGUUCUGUUCCCGGGUUCCCAAUGUUCUGGGCCCUGGUUCCCAAUGUUCUGGGCCAUGCUUCCCAAUGUUCUGGGCCCUGGUUCCCAUUGUUCUGAGCCCUGCAUCCCAAUGUUCUGGGCCCUGGUUCCCAAUGUUCUAUGCCCUGGUUUCCAAUAUUCUGGGCCCUGGUUCCCAUUGCUCUGAGCCCUGGAUCCCAAUGUUCUGAGCCCUGGUUCCCAAUGUUCUAGGCCCUGGUUCCCAAUGUACUAGGCCCUGGUUCCCAAUGUUCUGGAUCCUGCUUUCAAAUGUUCUGGGCCCUGGUUUCCAAUGUUCUGGGCCCUGGCUCCCAAUGUUCUAGGCAGCAACAAAAAAAUGUGUUGGUUAGCAUAUUUUAGCACAUUUAACGAAGCUCCUACAAAGGUUUUAAUUUUAUUAUGAUUGUGGCACUAAGAUGCUUUUGGGAGAGGGCCUGUCUGGUAAGGUGUACUGUACUGAACUAUAAUCUUGGCAAAACUGGUAAACGAUUGUCUGGUACAUCCUUACUGACACCCCUUCUUUGUUUCUUUGUGACAGGUACAGCAAGCGUUUCGCAGAUAUCAAAGAAUGCCGGGAGUAUGCCAUAGUCAACAGGUGAGUUAUCUGCUUGUGUAUAAAACUAUUAAAAUAAACUCAAACUGAGCCUGAAUGUAUGGACCUGCUUCAGAUAGCAGCGGCACCAAUUGGACAAUGGUCUCCCAUUUGACAUCAACAACAAGUAGCAUUAUUUUUCAUGGUCCUUCAAGCCGGAUUAGAACCAGCAUCCAGGGCCACCAUAUGAUUAACAGUUAAAGUCAAGAAUAUAAAUAACUAUGUGUGAUGUUGUCAUAUGUAUGCCAGUGGAGCCAUGCACAGAGAAAGGAGAGGUUUCCUGAGGAAUGCCUUGAAGGAGCUGGUCAAAGUCCUGGAGGAUGAACCUGGACUCCUGGGACCCAAGGUGCAUAACACUCACUCAUUCAGUUCAUCUGGCUAA